GGUUAGAGAUGCGGGACUUCCGUAAGUGUUUCCGGCAACCUUUCAGCGGGCGAUCUUGGACUCCCCGCUUGGCCGAGCGAUGGACCGUCCCGGGCAGAGAAGAGCAAAUGUGAAUUACAUACUAACAGAUGAGGAAAGGAGAGUCUUCAGAGAAUGCAACGAGGAAAGCUUUUGGUACAGAUCUGUACCAAUGUCUGCUAUAGGUAUGCUGGUCACUCAAAUCUUAAUUAAGAAAGGAAUACUUACCACUCAUUCAAGAUUUGGCUCUGCUCCAAAAGUUGCAUUCGCUGGCUUCUGUGGCUACAUGGGAGGAAAGCUGUCCUAUAUGAAGGCGUGCCAAGAGAAGUUUAGGAAACUGGAGAAUUCACCCCUGGGAGAGGCUAUGAGGCAACGUGCACCCAUUUCACACGAAUAUUCUCAAAACCGAGAAUUCUCAAACGUGCCUUCCCCGUCACCUUUUGAAACUGCUCCAGCAGAAGCAGCAUCAUUUCCUUCCAUGCGCUCUGGGGAUAAUCGUGGAACUGAAUAUUCUCGCUCUAAGUAUGAACCAAUCCCCUUUAGUUCUUCCAUGAAUGAAUCUUCCCCUACUGGGAUAACAGACAAUGUCCCUCAAGAACCUAGUCCAUUUCUUGAAGCCAGUCCAAAGGGAAAAGGAAUCACAUAUGAUGAACUGAGGAGCAGAAACAGAGAGUUAUACGAAGCUGGAAUAACACAGAAGUCAGAACUCCCAUCAAAGUCUUCACAGGAAAGACUUUCAAAGAAAGAAGUUAAAGUUAAUAAGUAUGGAGAUGCUUGGGAAGAGUGAAAACCUUUCUACCACCAGAUGACAUCUCUUCAGUCAAAUAUUUCAGCUUUAGCAGCGUUGGUCAAAUAUCUGAAUGUCCUGCUGUACUCUUUGGAAUACAGAUAUACUAUAAUAAAAAAAACUAUACAUUUGACUACUCA